UAUAAAUAUUUUGACAUGGCUGACAUCGCUAGUUGAUUUGUCGCUAUGAAUGUGAAUUUUUGUAAAUUGGGAAGGAAUCUGCCGCUGUGACUACAUUUUUGAAAAGCCUUCACGAUGAUGAUGCAAGCAGAAGAUGCUAGAUAUUUGAAAAGGAAAGUAAAAGGAGGAAAUAUUGAUGUUCAUCCCACAGAAAAAGCCUUAGUUGUAAACUAUGAGUUAGAAGCAACAAUCUUGGGUGAACUUGGUGAUCCCAUGCUCAGAGAAUGGAAAGAAUGCCAAAAAAUUAUACGAGUAAAAAGUUUGAAUGAAAACAGUGAUUUGGCCAGUUUGGCAAAGGACAUAAUUGACAAGUGCAAACUGAUUCAUCCCACAAAACUACCAGAGGUGGAACAGUUGCUGUAUUAUCUACAGAACAGAAAAGAGACAGGGCCAGUCAGUGUAGCCUCAGAAAAAACAGAGCUGCAUGAGAAACCAGAAUUACCCUCCUAUGAUGGCACAGAGAUUGAUGAAGUGGCCAACAUUAAUGAUGUGGAUGAUUAUAUGGAGCUGCUGUACGAGGAUGUACCAGAGAAGGUCCGCGGAUCAGCUUUACUGCUACAAUUAGCUCGAAACCCUGACAAUUUGGAAGAGCUUUUCCAAAACGAAACUGUGGUUGGGGCACUGGCCAGGGUGCUAAGGGAAGACUGGAAGAAGAGCACAGAGCUGGCCACCAACAUUGUCUACAUCUUCUUCUGCUUCUCCAGUUUCACUCAAUUCCAUGGUGUUAUUGUUCAUUUCAAAAUCGGGGCAUUGUGCAUGAACAUUGUAGAACAUGAGCUAAAGAAAUAUGUCAUGUGGAAUGAGGAGCUACAGAAAAAGAAAAAAGCUGCUGGUUCUGAUAAAGACAGGAAAGGAAAAGAGGAAUAUGAGAAAAGCCUUCAAAAGUAUGAGGGUCUGGUCAAAAAGCAGGAACAGCUUUUAAGGGUGGCAUAUUACUUAUUACUGAACUUGGCGGAGGACUUGAAGGUGGAAAUGAAGAUGAGAAACAAGAGCAUUGUGGCGUUCCUUGUGAAGACACUGGACAGGGACAACCAUGAACUGUUGAUAUUGGUGGUGUCCUUCCUCAAGAAACUCAGCAUAUUUAUAGAAAACAAAACAGAAAUGGCCGAGCUGAACAUUAUAGAAAAGCUCACUAAGCUUGUGCCGUGUGACCAUGAGGACUUGCUAAACAUCACUCUCAGAUUGCUGAUGAACCUGUCAUUUGAUGCUGAACUACGCAGUAAAAUGUUCAAGUUUGGACUUCUUCCAAAACUUGUAGGAUUACUACCAAAUGAGAACCACAGAAUGUAUGUGUUGGGGAUUCUUUAUCACAUCAGCAUGGAUGACAAGUCCAAAUCAAUGUUUACUUACACUGACUGUAUCCCAAUGGUUAUGAAAAUGCUUUUUGAGAGUGGAGAAAAUGUUGAGAUGGAGUUGAUGGCUCUAUGUGUCAACUUGGCAUCUAAUAAACGGGUGGCAGCCAUGAUCUGUGAAGGUCAGGGUCUCAAAAUGCUGAUGAAGCGGGCUUUCAAAUACAGGCACCCACUGCUGAUGAAAAUGAUCAGAAAUCUGUCACAGCAUGAUGGACCAACCAAAAAUCUCUUUGUAGAUUACAUUAGCGAUCUUGCUCAAGCUGUACUUAAUGAAGAGGACGAGGACUUUGGCCUAGAAUGCCUAGGAAUUCUGGGAAAUCUUACUAUUCCUGACCUGGAUUAUGAACUCAUUCUGAAGGAGUAUAAUUUGAUACCCUGGAUUAAGAGUCGACUAGAACCAGGUGCCUGUGAAGAUGACUGGGUGCUGGAGGUGAUCAUCCUGGUGGGAACUGUGUGCAAUGAUGAUGCCUGUGCCAAGAUGCUGGCUGAAGCAAACAUCAUACAGUCACUGAUUGAAUUGCUUAAUGCCAAGCAAGAGGAUGAUGAAAUGGUCUGUCAAAUUGUAUACGUAUUCUACCAGAUGAUUUUCCAUGAAUCGACCCGAGAGGUCAUCAUCAAAGAUACCCAGGCUCCUGCUUACCUCAUUGAUUUGAUGCAUGACAAGAAUUCAGAGAUCAGGAAAGUUUGUGACAAUACUUUGGAUAUGAUAGCUGAAUUUGACGAGGAGUGGGCCAAGAAGAUUCAGCUGGAGAAGUUCCGUUGGCACAACUCGCAGUGGUUAGAGAUGGUGGAGACUCGCCAGGUGACAGAGAUGGGGGACCCCUACAUGUACCCAGAGGAGGGGUACGACCCCUACCUCCAGGACGCUGACAUCCUGGACAGACCGGACCUGUUCUACGAUGAUAUGUAUGAAAAUGCAUACAUAAUGGAUGGACACUUGACUCCAGAGUUCAUUGAUGAGAAUGGCAUGUAUGAUGGACAGCCAUACGGAUAUGGGUAUGGUAAUCCCAUGGACGGUGGAUAUGAUCCAUAUGAACGGCCAGAAUCCCAUAUGGGAUUCAUAGGGAACGGCCCCCCUGUGGAUGAGUAUGGCAGGCCACUGGAGAUGGACCCAUAUAUGAUGGAUGGAAGACAAUCCAUGAUGAUGGACCGAUAUGGGAUGGGCAUGGAGGAGGACCCUUACCAGUAUGGGUACAAUGGGUACGAUGAAGGAGUGUACUGAUCCAUGACCGAUGAAUAGAACAACUAUAGAUGAUGUAGAAAAACGUAGACUGAUCAUAAAACUCAAUGGUCCGAAUGUGUUCAGAGUGUAUGAACCAAGUGAUAAAUCUGUGAUAGUGACAUCCACCUGCUGUUUCUUUUACUUGUCGCCAUAGUGCAUGUACAAAUGAUUCACAUUUUCUGAAAGUACUGAUAUCAUUAAAGAAGGUGUCUUCACAACUAUGUCUAGAAUGAAUGAAUGAUCACAUGUACUUGUAGAUCUGAAAACUCUUUGUUGUUGAACUGGUAUUUACAAAUUUGAAUUAGGAUCUGGAAUUCCUUUAUCUUACAAUCAGCCAUAUUGGAUGUUGUGCAGAUAUGCAUUGUGAUUUGUUGUAUGGCAUUCUCCUUGUGUCAGAUUUGCAUUGUGCAUACAUUUCUAUGCUUGUGAUAUUUUUUCUCCGUCCAUAUGCUUUACAUUGUUUUUUUCAUUGAGUCAAACUUUGCCUGCUAUUGGCUAUUUUAUUUAUACACUCAAAGUAAAUUUUAAAUUAUUUGUUAGAUAGAAAUUUCAUGAUUUGUACAUACAUUUACGUAACUGGACUGAAGUAGUGUUUCCUUUGAAUCAUUGCAUGCAUGAAUGACUUUUUAAUGUAAUUCCUGAUGUAAAAAUAAAUUCUGUUUAUUUCUCA